AUGGCAAAAUCUACAGGUCUAGAUAAGAUCUCAACUAAGCUAAUAAAACAGGCAGGCGAUACAAUAACUGAAUCACUUCUAGAAGUGUUUAACCUAUCUCUUAGGACAGGAAUAUUUCCAGAUGAUUGGAAAUUUGCCAAAGUGACUCGAAUAUAUAAGUCAGAAAACAAAACCUUAUGUGAAAACUAUAGACCGAUAUCAGUCAUUUCGAAUAUCGCCAAAAUAUUUGAGAAAUUAGUCUGUAGACAACUAAAUACCUUCCUGGAUAACAACAACAUAAUUGUAAAAAAUCAAUCAGGUUUCCGUCGCAAUCACUCAACCGAAACCUCGUUACUACAAUCUACUGAAAUGUGGUUGAAAUCAAUGGACCAGGGUCAAAUAAAUGGGGUUAUUUUCUUAGACCUGAAAAAAGCAUUUGAUACGAUUGAUCACCAGAUUCUAUUGUCAAAACUACAAGCUUAUGGGAUACGCGACCACACGCUCAAAUGGUUCCAAUCGUAUUUAGAUCAAAGAAAGCAAAUUUGCAUGCUAAAUAACUGUAAAUCUGAUAUUGAAACAAUUCGUUGUGGAGUACCUCAGGGUUCAAAUCUUGGACCUCUAUUAUUUCUCAUUUACAUAAACGACCUCCCAAACUGCCUAGAAACAACACAUUCUAAUUUAUUUGCUGAUGACACAAUUUUAUCAUGUCAAGGGCAUUUAUCCAUAGAUAUUGAAUACAAACUUAACAAAGACCUAGUAAAUGCUCAAAAAUGGUUAUCAGCGAAUAAACUAACAUUAAACAACGAAAAAACCAAAUAUAUGAUUAUUGGAUCUCGGCAACGAUUGAAAAACUUAGAUCACGUGCCAAAAAUCAGUAUAAACGGACAUCAAAUUGAACGAGUUUAUAAAAAGGAAGCUUUGGGUAUAGUUAUAGACGAUAGACUUAGCUGGAAUAGGCAAAAUGAAGAACAAUGCAACAAGAUAUCAAAAAAUAUUAAUCUUUUAAGAAAAACCAAAGAUUUUGUUGGCCUAGAUACGCUCAAAAUUAUGUAUAACGCAUUAGUCGCGCCUCAUUUUAACUACUGUUCAACUGUUUGGCAAAAUAACAACCAAACACACUUAGACAAAUUAUAUAAGCUUCAGAAACGAGCAGCAAGAAUAAUAACAAAUUCGGACUAUACUAUAAGAUCUUCGGACAUUUUUCAAAAACUUAGCUGGAAACCUCUUGACUUAGUUUUGAAAAAGCGAGAUCUCCUUAUGACAUUUAAAGCGAUUAAUGGCAUGCUUCCAGAAUACGUAACACAACUAUUUCACACUUGCGAAAACAAUGGUUACGUACUGCGCAGUAGUAAUUUAAAGCUGUCUCAACCUAAACCAAAAACGAAUUUCUUGAAAAAUAGCUUUUCGUACAGAGGAGCAGCGUAUUGGAACAACAUCCCAGUAAACUUGUUGAAAACCCUAAGAGAGUCAACAAGUUUAAAAUCUGUCCAUCAUCUAUUAAAUAAUUACAUCUUGUAAAUAAGUAAAUAAGUAAAUAUAAGUAUAUUUUGUAAAUAAGUAUAAUUUAGUUUAUUAGUUCCUUCUUUUAUAAUGCAUUUAUUUUCCGCACGGCCCUUUGAAAAUCACCUAUGUGAAAGGUUACCGUGUUUAAAGAUCAAUAAUAAUAAUAAUAAUAACCUCGAUUUGAACCAUGUCAACGCUCCAGUUCAGAGAUGGUUAGGUGUUUCAUUGGACCUCACAGCGGACGCGUUUACCUUCACGGUGAAAGUAGAGAACAAGCCAUUCACCAAACGUGGCGUGCUAUCAAUUAUUAAUAGCCUCAUCGCAGCACCGGUGCUAAUUCAAGGCAAGUGCCUGCUCAGAGGCAUGGCAGAGCAAUUGAAGGAGAGGCAAUUUGAAGAAUGGGACUUGCCGUUACCGCAUGAGCUGAAAGCAUUUUGGGACGAGUGGUGCCAAUCGCUAAUCGAGUUGCUGCUUCUAAAGUUAACCCGUCAUUAUGCCACCUCGCUCGAUAAAGCAAGCCAUAUGGAACUGUAUACUUUCGGUGAUGCGUCUGUCCAAGGUAUCGCCGCUGCCUCCUACCUGAAGAUCACCCAACCCGAUGGACGAAUUGAAGUGUCGUUCGUUUUUGGUAAAGACAAGCUAGCUCUACCACACGCUACCACAAUUCCUCGUCUCGAGUUGUGCGCAGCGGUCAUUGCCGUCGAAAUAACCGACAUGAUUCUGAACGAAUGCGUUGUACAUCCAGACCGGAUCAUAUACAAUUCGGACAGGAAAAUCGUGCUGGGGUAUAUCGCUAACGAAACUGGAAGGUUCUACGUUUAGGUCACUAACCGAGUUGAACGGAUAAGAAAAUCCUCAUCACCUUCCCAAUGGUGCUACCUUUCAACGCAACACAACCCCGCAGAUCUUGCAGCUCGCCCAAUAAAGGCCAAAGACCUCGAAAGUUCAAUGUGGCUUCACGGUCCACAGUUUCUUUACCAACAGAGUCAAUCAGAGCCUGGAUGGACUCCACCAAAUCUUACAGUAGUCCAGCCGGGCGAUCUUGAAGUUUGCUCUGAGUUGAAAACGUUAUCAACGACGGUCGGAAAGCUUACACAUCUCGAAACACAUCGAUUUAGUAGAUUUUCUGAAUGGGCCCGUUUGGUGCGGGCUAUCAUGUGCCUCAUCACCUUUGUACGACGCUUUCCAAUAAAUCGUUCUAGGAAAGGAACAGCCCGGUGAAAGGAGAGACCGCCUAUCGAAUAGUCUAUCAGUAGCAUUCUAGACACCCGAAGACAAGCUGAAAUAGUGAUAAUCAAAAGCCUGCAAAAGGAAGCGUACGGCGAAGAGAUUGAGUGUAUCCAACAUAAAAAGAAAAUAGCGAAAGUAAGCGUGCUCCUUAAGUUGAGUCCAAUCAUUAAUCCACAAGGACUGUUGUGUGUGUCGUCUCGAACGAGAAGAACUAACCAAUGAAGAGAAACACCAAGUGAUACUGCCGGGACAACAUUAUGUUACAACUCUGGUUGUCGAGCACCUCCACCAUGAAAUUAAGCACCAGGGGCGACACUUCACACAAGGGAUAACAAGAGCAAUGGGAUAUUGGAUAAUCGGCGGAAAACUGUUUGUCCACAGAGUCAUCUACCGUUGUUUCAACUGUCGAAAGCAGAGAGGGAAAUUACAAAAUCAGAAGAUGCCCGACAUGCCGACCGAACGAUUAACGCAAGCCCCUCCAUUCACAUACGUGGGUUUAGACGUCUUCGGGCCGUAGCAAGUUACAACUCGGAGAACCAGGGGAGGAGCUUCCCAAAGUAAACGAUGGGCCGUAAUUUUUACCUGCCUCACCGUAAGGGCGAUCCAUAUAGAGUUGAUUGAAUCCAUGGAUACCUCGAGCUUUAUCAACGCCUUGCGUAGAUUCUUCGCCAUCAGGGGUCCCGCCAUCCAACUUCGCUCCGAUAACGGUACCAACUUCGUGGGAGCGUGGAACGAAUUGAAUGCCGCGUUUAAAGAAAUAAAUAAGAACACCGUCCACACCUACCUGAGCAAAGAACGCUGUGAAUGGGGUUUCAAUCCUCCCCAUGGAUCCCAUAUGGGCGGUGUCUGGAAGAGAAUGGUCGGAAUUGUGAGAAAAGUCUUAAACGCCAUGCUAGCCGAUCUUGAAUCAAGGCAUCUCCCGCACGAGGUUCUCACCACCCUUAUGGCCGAAGUAAUGGGUAUCGUCUACAGUCGACCAUCAGUACCAGUUUCCACCGACCCGACCAUGCCUGAGAUCCUUACGCAUUCUACGCUGCUAACCCAAAAAACUUCAACUUUGAAAGCUAUCCCGGGAGAAUUUACAGCGACCGACUUUUGUAAACAUAACAAGCAAUGGAGACACGUACAACACUUAGCGAAUGUUUUUUUGGUCGAAAAGGCGAAAGGAGUUCUUGCCCACAAUGCAGGCGCGUCGGAAGUGGCAAGAAGAAGUUCCGAUUCGCGAAUCUUGAAGCAGGAGACCUCGUGUUAUUACGUUGUAAAGACGUCGCAAGAAAUGAAUGGCCACUCGCCCGGGUAAUAAAAGCGUAUAAAAGCGCCGAUGGCAAAGUACGGAAGUUAAAUUUAAUUACCACCAGGGACGGUGCGAAGCACAUGUACGCUAGGCCAGUAACUGAAGUCGUGUUGCUCAGAAGUGUGUAUGAGUUAAAAUGA